CAUUCUUAAAAAAUAGAGCACUUUUCGGAGCAGCUACAGAAUUAGAUGUAGCAAGAACCGGUAGUUAGUAGUUGCGUUCGAAGUUGCCCUCAGGAAAGUUCCGAAGUGUGUGUAUGUGGUGGCAUGGCGGCCCAGCUGACGGUCGCUGCACUCUUUAGCUAUUGAGCAAUAGGGCCGUUAGUGUUUAGGUCCAGAUUGGCAAGGAAACAGGCAAGUCUCUUGGUGGCCUCUUCGUAAGAACGAUCGUUUUGCGCGCAAUAAAGAGCUAGCAAGCUAUUGAUCUGAAGAUGUCGAAACCUCGUAUGAUUUUUGCCCUUGGCCUGAUGGCAGUACUCAUCGCAGCUGACGACUUAAAGAUUGAGACACUCAAAAUUGCCGACAAUUGCAACGUCAAGUCAAAAAAGGGUGACCUGCUUUCGAUGCACUACGUUGGUACCCUGGAGAAGGACGGAAGUAAAUUCGAUUCCUCACUUGACCGCGGAGAACCCUUUCAGUUUCAGCUUGGCGUUGGGCAGGUUAUUAAAGGGUGGGACCAGGGCUUGGAAGGAAUGUGUGUUGGAGAGAAACGUAAACUUACAAUUCCCGCCAACCUAGGUUAUGGAGAUCGUGGAGCUGGAGAAAAGAUUCCACCCGGAGCUACGCUCAUCUUCGAGGUCGAACUUUUAAAAAUUGAUGAUGGCCCGAAAACCACAAAUAUCUUCAAAGAGAUCGAUGCCAACCAGGACAAUCAGCUAUCCCGGGAAGAGGUCGUGACUUACCUUAAGGCUCAGUUGCCUGCCGCGCAAGCAGCCGGUAUCAAAGAGCUGCCAGAUACCGAAAAGAUGGUCGAGGACAUUUUCGAUCAUGAAGAUACCGACAAGGAUGGAGUUAUCUCUCACGCCGAAUUUUCUGGCCCGAAACACGACGAGUUGUAAGAACCACCUCCCUCUCCUAGGCCUUAGUCCAUCGGCCGUACUGGUUCAUGCAGCAAACCGCUCGGCAAACGGUAAAUCACUCACUGAAACUGCUCUGUCGACGUCGCGAGGUGCCGGAAGGUGAUAGGCCAGAUUGGAGACCCUAAUGUUUUAAUUUUUACUAAGCUUUGUUUUUCUAUUCUCUAGAAUUUAAGAAGGUGCAAUACACUGGAAAACAAUUAGGCAAAAAUCACGUGAAAUACGGUGCCCUUUUAGUGAACUGCGAGUGUCUAACGGUUGAAUAGUAGCCUAUUAACAUCAAUUAAAUACAGAUUGCAGUUUAGGCCAAACUGUUACACGAAUAUAAUUGUUGCCGUCAUAAUUUGUCAUACAAUUAUUUCCUUUUAACAAGAUAUAAGAACAUGUAUGUUCUAAAAUUGUGAACUUUCCAUUGUACCUUCUUACAUUUUGUUCAAUGGGGACGUUCGCUGAGGUUGCAAAUGACUGUUGAUUUUCGGUGAAAUGAAAUUGUUCUUUGUACAUACUUUUUAAUAUACAUUCUUCAGGUGAGUCGUGA